AUGAAAGAUCGAUAUUAUUUGGCGAAAGCAAUCACAUUAGUUGAAUCAACACGUAAAGAUCAUAAAGUUGAAGCUCAACAAUUACUUUCUUUAAUUAUGGAUGCACAACAUGAGCGUGCCAAAGAAAUUGGGGAUUCCGCACCAACAUUCAGAAUAGGCCUAUCUGGUCCACCGGGCGUUGGGAAAUCAACUUUUAUUGAACGAUUUGGAAUGUAUAUUCUUUCUCAAGGACAUCGUGUGGCCGUUCUUGCUAUUGAUCCAUCUUCAUCGAAAACCGGUGGAUCAAUUUUGGGAGAUAAGACGAGAAUGCCUGAAUUAUCGUAUCAUGAUGAUGCUUAUAUUCGUCCUUCAGCAAGUCAUGGUACACUUGCUCGUAACACGAAUGAAGCUAUGAUCUUAUGUGAAGCCGCUGAGUAUGAUAUAUGUCUUAUAGAGACAAUUGGAGUUGGACAAUCAGAAACAAUAGUUGCAGAAAUGGUUGAUAUGUUUGUUUUGAUGGUCCCACCAGCAGGAGGGGAUGAGAUACAGGGCUUGAAAAAAGGUAUCGUUGAAAUUUCUGAUCUAAUAAUUGUCAACAAAGCGGAUGGCGAAUUCGCCAAUGCUGCUAGAGAGGCUGCGGCUGAAUAUACAAGUGCUUUGAAAUAUCUUCAUCCAAGCACAUCUGUUUGGAAUCCUCAGGUUUUAAGAGUAUCAGCUAAAGCAAACAGUGGGAUGGAUAAUGCAUGGAAACUCAUGCAAGAGUAUUAUCAUGUUAUGAAGCGCUCGGGUGAGCUAUCUAAAAAAAGAGGGGAACAAAGGAGAUUAUGGAUGUGGAGACAAAUAUCGUCAGAACUAUUAGACAGAUUAAAUUCUGAUAAAGAAAUUUGUGAACUUGUUGAUCAAUUAGAACAAAAGGUAUUUAAUGGUGAAAUGACAAGUGGAACUGCGGCCGAUCAUGUUGUAGAUAUUUUUACUCGUAAAUAUAGUGAUGCUAAAUAA